UUUGCGUUUUCCGCCUCUUAUUUCCUCCUCCCUCCCUCCCUCGAUCGUCAUCUCCAUUCAGCAGAUCGGGUUGCGUCGUUCUGGAACCGAUUCACGCUUGGGCAACACUGAGAUGUUCGGGAGGGCGCCCAAGAAGAGCGACAACACGCGGUACUAUGAGAUCCUCGGAGUGUCGAAGAACGCGUCGCAGGAGGAUCUGAAAAAGGCGUAUCGCAAGGCCGCCAUCAAGAACCACCCCGAUAAGGGCGGCGACCCCGAAAAGUUCAAGGAAUUGGCCCAGGCUUAUGAGGUUCUAAGCGACCCUGAGAAGCGUGAAAUCUAUGAUCAGUAUGGGGAGGAUGCCCUCAAGGAGGGAAUGGGCAGCGGUGGAGGUGGCCACAACCCGUUUGAUAUCUUUGAGUCAUUCUUCGGUGGAAGCACCUUUGGAGGAGGUGGAAGCAGUCGGGGACGAAGGCAAAGGAGGGGGGAGGACGUGAUCCAUCCUCUUAAGGUGUCUUUAGAGGAUCUGUACAAUGGGACUUCAAAGAAACUCUCUCUUUCACGGAAUGUUAUCUGCCAAAAGUGCAAGGGGAAGGGUUCUAAGUCCGGUGCUUCAAUGAAGUGCUCUGGUUGUCAAGGUUCGGGCAUGAAGGUCACAAUUCGUCAGCUAGGGCCUGGCAUGAUCCAGCAAAUGCAGCACCCUUGCAAUGAGUGCAAGGGGACAGGGGAGAUGAUUAAUGACAAAGAUCGCUGCCCACAAUGUAAAGGUGAGAAGGUUGUUCAGGAGAAGAAAGUGCUGGAGGUUAUAGUUGAGAAAGGAAUGCAGAAUGGCCAGAAGAUUUCGUUCCCUGGAGAGGCAGAUGAGGCGCCUGAUACGGCUACUGGAGAUAUUGUGUUUGUACUGCAACAGAAGGAUCAUCCAAAGUACAAGAGAAAGGGAGAUGAUAUCUUUUACGAGCACACAUUAUCCCUUACUGAAGCUCUCUGUGGCUUCCAGUUUGUUUUGACCCAUUUAGAUAACAGGCAACUACUCAUCAAGUUGAACCCUGGUGAAGUUGUGAAGCCCGAUCAAUUCAAGGCAAUAAAUGACGAGGGCAUGCCAAUGUACCAGAGGCCCUUCAUGAGGGGGAAGCUCUACAUCCACUUUACGGUGGACUUCCCGGAUUCACUGACACCUGAUCAGUGCAAAGCUCUUGAGGCUGUGCUUCCUCCAAAACCUGCAUCUCAGAUGACCGACAUGGAGCUGGAUGAGUGCGAGGAAACAACAGUACAUGAUGUUAACAUGGAGGAGGAGAUGCGGAGGAAGCAAGCUCAGGCUCAGGAGGCAUAUGAGGAGGAUGAUGAUGAUGUCCAUGGAGGUGCCCAGAGAGUGCAGUGCGCUCAGCAAUAAGCAUAACUAAUUGACCUUGGUUUGCAUUAGGUUACUACUUACGAAUUACUCUCAAUAACCAUCUUCACCAUGGUACUCAUGGAGCAAAACUCUGAUUUGCAACUGCAGGCCAUUCACAGCCUUUGCAUGCGCAUCCUUUUGACUUCCGAAUGCUCACUGAUAUCAUCCAGGAUUGCAUCUUUCCUUUAGUCAUAUGUUUUCCGAUUGAUAUUGUUUGAUCUUUCAAGAAAAAAAUUAGAAAUUAUCGAAUAUAGUUGUAGUUCUUAUGUGUUACUAA